AGUGAUGACGUAUUUCCGUAGCUUGUUAGGGGGAAUCAGUACCGGUUCAAAGGUCCUCAACGUGGCUCCUGCUGUUUUCCACCUUGUGGAUUUGGUAGCGGAGAAAGUUUAGUGAUUGUGACAAAAAAGGUAAAAUGGGUGAGUUCAAGGUGCACCGCGUUCGGUUCUUCGACUACAUGCCCAGUGCUAUCAGAGCCAUGGCGUUUAACAGCCGCUCUGAGCGUCUGGCCCUGUCCCGGGCUGAUGGAGCUGUGGAGAUCUUCAACUUCGCUGACAAUUACUUCCAAGAAAAGGUGAUGCCAGGACAAGACAGCAGGGCUGCUGAGGCACUGUGUUGGGUGGACCAGCGUCUGUUCAGUGCUGGUUUGAAUGGAGAGAUCACAGAGUAUGACCUGGAGAACCUGAGGCCCAGGUACACUGUUUUGGCCUAUGGAGGACCCAUCUGGACCAUCAGUAGCAACAACCAGGGAGCAAUGCUAGCGGUUGGUUGUGAGGAUGGAACAGUAAAAAUGUUUGAAAUACUGGAGGAGCGCAUUCGGUUUCAAAGAAACCUCGACAGGCAGAAAGGUCGUAUUAUAUCUCUGUCCUGGCAUCCCUCUGGUACACUGAUUGCUGCUGGCAUGAUGGACAUGAUCAGAAUCUUUGAUGCUGAGACAGGCCAAGCUACACACAGACUGCUGGUUGAGAGAGGUGUUGGGACACCCAAAAGCAAAGAGGUAGUUGUUUGGAGUGUUGCCUUCCUGUCUAACCACACCAUCAUUAGUGGUGAUUCUGCCGGAAAAGUCCAGAUCUGGGACGGACACACAGGAACGCUGGUCAGAACUCACCUAGUUACAAAGUGGGACGUUCUGGCUCUUUCUGUUUCACAGGAUCAGAGCAGUCUGGUAGCUGGGACGUCAGAGGGCACUGUCAUCCAGUUCCAGUUCAUCUCCUCCACUGUGGGCAAGCAGGAUAAGGAGUGGGUUCGAACUAGGACCUUUAAAAACCACUCACAUGAUGUGAAGGCACUUGCCCACACUGAGACUGCUGUGGUUUCUGGAGGUAUGGACACCCAGCUGGUGGUGCGACCCCUGCUGGACAAGGUGGAGAAGAACACCCAGGAGUCAGCACUGCGCAAAAUAGCUUUCCCACAUAGAAGUCUGGUUUGUUGUGCAAAGAAAGCAGGACUAUUGCUCUUCCAGUUCCCUCAACAUUUAGAGCUGUGGAGAUUAGGGGAGAGCGAUGGACAUGGAAAGCCCGGUGACAGUCUACCUGUGAAGAGGAAACCAGAGAAACUGAUCCAGCUGAAGCGGAAGGGAGAGGAUCAUAUCUGCUGCAGUGCUUUGUCCCCAUGUGGAGGCUGGAUUGCAUACUCUACUGUCUCCAGUGUCCGUCUCUACAGAUUACAGUACAACAAAAACAACAACAACAUCAGCAUCACCAAGGUUUCCAAACUACCCAAGGACCUUUGUUUGGCCCACCAGCUCUGCUUCUCCUCUGACUCCUCCAAACUCUUUGCUUCUUCCAGCCAUUCUUCAGUCAUUGUGCUUGCCAUCAACCAGCCAGAGUGCAAAUACCUUCAUACACUUAAACCCAAGUCAGGCUCGAGACAGCAAGUCCACCUGCUGUUUGCCAGUGAGGAUGGCAAGUGGCUUGCUACAGCAAACACAGACUGUGAGAUCCAUGUCUACAACCUUGACAAGCUGAAGCCUCAUUGUACAGUUCCAGUGUACAGCUCCUGCCCCACUGCAAUAGCCAUUCACCCAAUGACCAGCAACCUCGUCAUGGUACAUGCUGACCAGCAGAUCUUUGAAUACUCUCUGGUGCAGAAGGAGUACACAGAGUGGAGUCGGAAACUACAGAAACAAGGACUCCACUCUCUGUGGUUGGAGAGGGACACACCAAUCACCCAUGUCACCUUCAAUCCUAGAAACCCAGCUCACAUCAUUCUGCAUGACAUGUUCAUGUUCUGCAUCAUUGACCAGAGUCUGCCCCUCCCUAAAGCAAAGACUCUGCUCUACAAUCAGAUGACACUGAGGAGUGUUCCCGAGCCAGAGAGGAUUAGACACUAUCAUGCCUUUAAGAUCUGCAAGAAUUUCCAGCACCUCAUGUGUGUGAGUUUAUUGGAGGACCAUUCUCUGGUUGUAGUGGAACGCCCCCUGCCCGAAAUCAUGUCUCAGCUGCCUGCACCUGUCCGGCAGAAGACCUUUGCCACAUAAAUUAAGUGAAGCAGGUUUUCUUAAGGUGUCUCAGCCCAGAUUUUCAUACCAGAGGAAAGGAUUGUUACCUCAUUGUGUUAAUUCACUUUAACUCCGACAUCCAAAAUCAUUUUCAACAAGUAUUAAUGUGUGACCACUUUGUAAAAAAUACUUUUAUAAAGUAAUAAAUAGAACUAUAUACUGUCA